GAAGUGGCUGCGUCGACGGCAACCGGAGGGGCGGAAAUGGUUGCGGCGACGGAGGAGUGUGCUCGUUCAGGCUAAACUGAAGGUCAUGAGUCUUUGGAAUUUUCUUCCUCAAAAGUGGUGGAAAAAAGACAGAAUAUCUUGAAAGCGAAGAUUCUUGAUACACAAAGGGAUGAAAGAUUAAGAUGGUCGUUUGCGAAGUCUGGUUUCAGUGAAAUCCCACAAGGCAGCUUCUUACACAUGCCUUCCCUGCAGCUCCUCUUGUUCACUUCAAACUCUUUUGACACUGUUGGAGAUGAUGCCUUCCUUGGUCUUUCUCAACUCAAAUACCUGUUUGUAGAAAACAACAAAAUCCAAUCCAUCUCACGACAUGCAUUUCGAGGACUCAAGUCUCUAAUUCACCUAAGCUUGGCAAAUAACAACCUUAAGACACUUCCAAAGGAUGUAUUCAAAGGGCUGGAUGCCUUGACUAAUGUAGAUCUUAGAGGGAAUUCUUUUCAUUGUGAUUGCAAACUGAAAUGGCUAGUGGCAUGGUUAAGCAGCACAAAUGCAACGGUUGAUCAGAUUGACUGUGCCAGUCCGGCAGAGUAUCAGGAUGAUAAAAUUAAUAAUCUCUCACUGAAGGAAUUCGACUGCAUAACUACAGAAUUUGUCCUUGAUCAGUCUCUACAGUUUCAGUCCCUUUCCAUCGAAGCCUUCACUUUCAUGAAUGAUGCCCAUGUUGUUAUUGCUCAACCUAUCGUGGGGAAGUGCAGCUUUUUUGAAUGGGAUCAUGUGGAGAUGGUUUUCAGAAACUAUGACAACAUUAUUGGCAGCUCCACUGUGUUUUGCAAACCACUGAUCAUUGAUGCUCAGCUGUUUGUUAUUGUGGCCCAGCUGUUUGGUGGCUCCCAUAUCUACAAAAGGGAUAGUUUUUCCAACAAGUUGAUCAAGAUGCAAGACGUGGACAACUUCAAAAUCAGAAAACCCAAUGACAUUGAAACAUUUGAAAUAGAAGGAGAGAGGUACUUUGUGAUUGCAGACACAUCAAAGGCUGGGUCAACUACUGUGUACAAGUGGAAUGGGAAUGGCUUCUACUCCCAUCAGAGUCUACAUUCUUGGUUCAGAGACACAGAUGUGGAAUACCUUGAAAUAGCUAACAAGCCACAUUUAAUCUUGUCAAGUAGCUCCCAACGUCCUGUCAUCUUCCAGUGGAGUAAAAGCCAGAAGGAGUUUGUGUGGCGCACGGAUAUUCCAGACAUGGAAGAUGUGUAUGCAGUGAAACAUUUUGUUGUCAAUGAUGAUCUCUACAUUUGCCUGAACAGAUUCAUAGGUGACUCCAAAAUGAUGAAAUGGGAGAACUCCCGGUUUGUGGUGAAACAGUCCUUUCCUUCCCGUGGUGCCAUGGUUUUUCAACCCCUCAGAGUAAACAACUGGCAAUACGCUAUCCUUGGGAGUGAUUACUCCUUCACCCAGAUCUACCGCUGGGAAAACAAUAAAGAGAAAUUUGUAAAAUUCCAAGAACUAAACAUCCAGGCUCCGCGAUCAUUUACAUUUGUGGUGACAGACAAUCGUGAGUUCAUGUUCAGCUCAAGUUUCAAAGGAAAUACACAAAUAUACAAACAUAUCACCAUUGAUUUGAGCACAAUAUGAGAAAACAU